AGACAAUCAAAAGUCAUGGGUUGGCCCGUUGAUGGACAAACUACAACUAACAACAGUGUGGAUCUAGAAUCUCGGGUACGUAACCAAAUUGCGGAUCUUGUCCAGAAUACGGAGCAAAAAUUCAGUCAGCAUCGUCAAGCAGUUAUAGCGCACGCAAAGAAAUUAUCUGAUGAACUUGAAAAACAAUUGGAGGACGAAGCUCAGGAAAUGCACAAACAGUCUGGUGGAAACAGUGCUUGACAUAAAUUAUAAUAAUGCUCAUUUGAUGUUUGGAAUAUUUUUCAAAUAUAUUUGGGAAUUUUGAAAUAUAUUUCAAAUAUAUUUGUGAAUUUUGAAAAACAUUUCAAAUAAUUUGGGAAUUUUAAAAUAUAUUUAAAAUAUAUUUGGGAAUAUAUUUCCAAAUCUGGUUUAAAUAUAUUUCAAGUAUAUUUGAAAUAUAUUUGAAACAGAUUAUUCUGGACAAGAUUCAGAAAGAUCCAUCGAAUACUCUGAUUUCUAAUAAUGGUAUCUCUUUUUCCAAAAAAUUCAUCUACAGCUGAAAUGAGAUAAAAAGAUAUAAUAACGACCAAUAAUGCUCUCAACAUCUUCCGAGAACCUCUUUUCGGCUCCAGCUUGUGGACCGUCUUGCAAUAAAUUGUUUCCGAUGUUAUCAU